ACACACACACACACACACACACACUCAAGAGACUCAUCCACCACGCACCGACUGAAAUGCCCACGGUCCGUUAAAAGCAGCGGUUCUGGCUGUGGAAUUAAAACAAAAAGAAACAAUGCGGACUCGCUCUUAUUCCUGAGGAAUUGAACGCAAGACGAGCAAGAGGAAAAAAAAACGGGGUGCCCGAGAGAGUGAUGUCGGCAGGCGAGGAGCGGGAUGGUGAGGCGGCAGCGCCCGUGUACGUGUACGAGUCCAAGGUGCACUGUGCCAACGUGCUGUUGAACCUGGAGGAGCAGCGACGGCAGGGCGUCCUGUGUGACGUGACCGUGCUGGUGGAGGGCAGGGAGGUGCGCGCGCACAGGGCCGUCCUCGCCGCCAGCAGCCGCUACUUCCUGCAGGCCCUGCUGGGUCACAACGGGUUGCCAGUCGAAACGGAGACCAUCAUUAACCUGCCAGACAAGGUGACAGCUAAGGGUUUUGCUCCCCUGCUCCAGUUCGCCUACACAGCCAAGCUGGUUUUAAGUCGGGAGAACAUCCACGAGGUCGUCCUGUGCGCUGACUUCCUGGGCGUUCACAAUUUAGAGGACUCUUGUUUUCGGUUCCUCCAAGCCCAGUUACAGAACGACAGCCAACACGCCAGUAAUGGCAAGGAGGAAUAUGACGAUGACAUCACGGCGGAGGAUGCCAGCUUUUCUGAGGCCAUAUCUUCGGAUGAUUCUGCAGAGUCGAGGCAGCAGACCAAUCACGUAGCAAGCGCUGCGUCGCUUCCCGCUGACCUUGCUCAGUGUCCUAAAUACAGGAAGUAUCAGUACCAGAUCUCCGAUGACAAGCACAACGGAGAAGACCAUCAUAGCGGUGAUGACGUCAUUUUGGCCAACCAUACCUCAGUCAGCCCCGUGAGCUCCCAGCUCAGAGGCAGCAGCGGUGCUCCACACACUCCUCUCACACCCUCCAGGAUCAAAGAGGAACCAUUUGUGUUUGAGGAAGAAGGAGAUGAAAGGAGUGGUUGCAACCCAGACUUGUGUACCGAGGAGGUACUGGAGAUGGAGCUUGAGGUAGAAGGGGUUCCAGUAGCAGCCGAGCACUCUCCGAGCCGAGGGUCACCCUCUUCCUGCCUGCGCUCCUAUCUGCAGAGAGGCGGCCUAGAUCUCAGCGGCGUGCCCAGCACCACCAUCCAGCAGCUACUCACCAACAGACUUUCCCUCAGCCACUACAAGGAACUGGUCAAAGACCGGCAGAGGGAUAAGAGGGACUCUCUGGGUCGAGUGGCCCUCAAGACCGGCAGCGCUGAUGUCACACCGACAGCGCUUACUGGCAAGAACAUGGAAAGGCCGGUGUCCAAAGCGUCCUCCUCCAAACAUGAGAGGGAGCUCGACAGAGCCAGUGUCAUUUUCUCCUCAGCAGCUGGCGAGCAACAAAUGUUGGCUCAUUCUUACAUGGAUGAUACGUUCAGAGAAGAGGUCACAACCCUGAUGCAGGUGGAAGCUCCUUCUUCUGGUCGGUCAUGCCUCACCACCAGCUGCCCUGUUCCCAUCAAGACAUCAGCCCACUCCCCUUCCCCUUCCGAGCCCCGAACCCAGACCUCCAGCUCCCGCUCCUCCUUCUCUUACCCAGAGGACGCAGGCAGCGGCAGCUCGCCUUUCAACCUUCCCCAGUUUGACUUCUCCUCAUCGCCUCACUCAGGCUCCACCUCUGGACUCCCUCACUGCCUGGCUGGGGCAAUGGAGCAGAGGAACCCCCUCAGCGGUGAGCUGGUCUUCUCUCAGGGUUGCACCAAUAUCAAAAGUGAACAGGGGUUCGGGGCCAGUGGGGGCAACUCUAGCGACGAAUCCGGCUCCUUCUCAGAGGGAGACAGCGAAAGCGGCGUCUCCAGAAUCUCCGGCCCUGAGGUGAAGCUGCCCUUCCCCGUGGACCACAUCACCAACCUGCCACGCAACGACUUCCAGAUCCUCAUCAAGAUGCACAAGCUGAACUCGGAGCAGCUGGAGUUCAUCCACGACAUCCGCCGACGCAGCAAAAACCGCAUCGCCGCCCAGCGCUGUCGCAAGAGGAAGCUGGACUGCAUCCAGAACCUGGAGGGCGAGAUCCGCAAACUGGUGUGCGAGAAGGAGAAGCUGCUGGGCGAGCGCAACCAGCUGAAGGUGUGCAUGUCGGAGCUGUGGCAGAACCUCUCCUUCCUCUCCCAGCAAGUGUGCGGGGACGGGACACCUCCCGUCUCCGCCAGCAUCGACCUCACGUCCAACCCGCCGUCGCCGUCUUCUGACGAGGGCUCGAGGUCACCCGCGUCUCCACAAGGCGAUACGGGGCGUCUGUCCGACGGGGGUCCCGGUCAGGGGGGCCUGGAGGAGUCAGGGCUCGGGCAGGAGAACCCCGAGUGUCCACUGGAGCUGGGAUCCACAGAGGAGGUAUGUAGCCCAACCGUGACAGUGGAUUUCUGUCAGGAAAUGACUGAGAAAUGUACAACAGAGGAGCAGAAGAGACACAGCUGCACUUAGCGUCUGGUGGCAGUACUGCUCUUGAUCUUUAAAGUCUUUUUUUUUCUUCUUCCUUUUUUUGUAAUGGAUGACACAAGCGUUGUCUUAUCAGCAAUACUGUUCAACAGGUAUUUUUGGACUGGAGAUAAAACAGAAGCACUGGCAGCUUUCUUUCUUUCUGUGUCUCAUCCUGACUUUUCUUCCUGUCAGCUUCCCGUCCUCUCUCGUGCAUCAUGGGAGGUUAAACUCAGGAAUCCCUCAGAAUGUUCAGUAGUGUCCCCGUUAACAUGUACAUGCACUUUGCUUUACAGUCCUGUGGCACCUUGAUAAGUACUGUGGUUCUUACAAUUGAUUUGUAGUCAAUAUAAGUAAGCAAUAUAUAAGCAAAUCAUUCUAAUAAUAAUUUAAGUUUCAGCGCUUCUGGUUCACUAAAGCAGUGGUCGUGUAGGUAAAUAUGCUUAUUCCCUUUCUUUCUGAGAGUGAGAUGUUGUGAUGGUUUUCAAUCUCGCGUCUGUGUGUUAAGUACGAAGGUGGAGACAGGACAUGGUUAGCCUAGCUUAGCAUAAAGCAUGGAAGCUAGGUGAAACAGCUAGCCCGGCUCCAUCUAAAGGGAAACAAACAACAUGUUUAUUUUGU